AAUAUGAGGACCAGCUGGCUGAUCCUGCUUGUUGUGGGCUUUGUAGCCUUGGCUCGAUCACAGUCGAUGCCAGCAUGUGCUUCCGAUUGCCUUGCCAAAUUCCUCCCCAAUUCCACCUGUGCUCCGACGGAUUCUGCUUGCGUCUGUGCAGAUGUGGCUCUGAUGGGCAAUGUGCAGGUCUGCACUUUAGAAAGCUGCACCAUCAAAGAGAGUCUCACCGCCGAAAAUGCCACAAAGACAUUGUGCAAAGCACCUAUUCGGGAUGAUACGGCAGUCACUCCCAUUGUAACGGCAGUCAGUGGGCUCGUUGCGAUUGUCUGUGUCAUCCUUCGAGUCGCAGAUCGCAUCCCACAAAAGCAGCAAAAAUUCCAGUGGGCAGAUCUUUGUGUUGUCAUCUCACUGUGUCUUGCAAUUCCGAUGGGUAUCCUUGAGUUCUACAUGUCGAGCGAUGGUUUCGGCAAGGACAUUUGGACGCUCCCGUUCGACAAGAUCACUCGCAUAGUCAAGUUUACAUGGCUGACCGAGAUCUUCUACAUGUGUGUCAUCGGCUUCACGAAAAUGGCCCUACUGCUGCUCUAUUACAGAGUUUUCCCAACUCAGCCAUUUCGAAAACUUGUCAUUGCCAGCAUGGUGGUCUGCGCACUUUAUAUCCCUACAUUCGCUCUAGGUAUCGCGGUGCACUGCAUUCCGAUAUCCUACACCUGGACUAGCUGGACUGGCGAGACCAAAGGACAUUGCAUGAACCUGAACGCCUUCGCCUGGGCGCAUGCCAUUAUCAAUAUCGUCUUUGAUAUAUGGAUUAUCAUCCUUCCAGUGCCACAGCUGUUCCAACUCAACUUGGGACUCAGGAAGAAGAUUCAUCUCGUUCUCAUGUUUUCCAUUGGUUUUUUUAUUACUAUUGUCAGCGUUGUCCGUCUCACCUCUCUUGUUAAAUUUGCAAACUCCGUCAACCCGACUUAUGACAAUGUUCCAACAGCCUACUGGAGCGUGCUUGAAGCAUUUGUGAGCAUAAUCUGUACCUGUCUACCAGCGAUUCGAUCUCUACUACGAAAAGUCUUCCCGUCAUGCUUUGGCAGCACCUCUGAUCCGAACUCGGAUUCACGAACAUAUCGCAUCUCCAAACCGAGUCCCUUGCACAGCGCGGACAUUUCAAAGUCCGUUAACCAUACCGUCAGUGUCUACCCUCGAAGUGGUGACUCGGAUGUUAUUGAGUUGGUUCACAAUGGUGAUAGCAAAGAUCCUAGAUACAAUGACUGGUGAUGGAUGCUGGAGAAGGUCUCAAAACAGGGUUAUAUAUAUGCUCAUGGAAGGUUGGAUGCUAUUGCAUGGCCACAUUGAGUUUGAGUCUGUGAAGAGCUGUCAUAUGUCACUUCUAAGGAGUUUGACGGUCCAUGAAAAUCAUGUUGGGUUGGACUCGAUCUGUCCCUCCACCACGUUGCAAAUCUGGUGGGUUUGCAAGAGGACCACACGCAGACGUCGACACGUCCACCGGUCUUCUGACGAUCUGCCGCCUACUACGGGGGGCAGUUCACGUGUCAGCGACGCCGGAAGUGUCCCAGAUGGCUUUCUUUUCGUAUACGAUCUUCAGUACGGAGUAGGCGCUGUCAAGUGGGUAACUUUCAGACUAUGUGUAUACUUAUUAAAGGGAUCGGUUCUGGGGGAAUACUGUGUACACAAGACGGGAAGUGAGGCAUGAAAAUCA